GUGCAUGUGUUUUAGGUGGGGGGAGACGCCUGCAUGCGUGUCUUUCUCUCUGUGUCUCUCCACGCCCCCCAUCUUUCAUCCCAGUCCUCCCAUAGGUUCGGUUCAAAGGUAACAGAGAGACCGGGGGCUCUAUAAAGAUCCACUUUGUUCCCUCUGCCUCUCUGCUCGUUUCAUUUCUUCGGUUUGUCUCGUUUCCUUCAGCACACACCAAAAUGCCCAGCAAGAGGAAGAAGAACAAGCGCCGCAUGAGGAGGGUGGUAAGUGGUGGCGCGCGCACUUUCAUCCCUACUGCACGAUCAGAAAUAAAUCAUCCGGAUUUUAUCUGAGAGAAAAAACACGAAUUUCAGCAGAUGUAGACAGUAAUCUCUCGAAAAUGUGGAUAAAAAUGACCUUUUAGAAAUGUUUUCUUUCGCAAGUUGUGAUUUAAAAGUAGACACAUCUGUUAAACGUGUAUUCCUGUAGAUAUAAUAUUGCUUUAGCUCAAUAACCCGCAGCGAUGUAGUGCGAGAAUAGGCAGCUCGGAAUAGUGACUCAACUUGAUGCAAAAUAAGUGUUUGGAUAAAGUCAAGAAGCUAAAGGAGCAGCGUAAUGUCAAAAUAGGCAAAAAUGUGAAGAAAACAAAUGAGUACCAUAUUCUCCUUUUAUUUGUGCACUGUUUUUUGUUAAUUGUGUUAAUUUUACGAUUGCUCAUUUGUCACAAUCAUAUUCUUAUGCUGCUUUUCGUUUUACGCACUGGCGUCCGAGGUGCGCUCCCAAGCUCCGUGCGUAAAAUCGCAGCCUCAAAAUAAAUGCAAAGCUGACAAAAAGAAAAGAUAUGCAACAAACAUGCACCGAAAGAAGUUCCGUCGAAAUGAUCGAUAGAUUAGUCUUUAUCGAAAUAAUCGACCACUUGCAAGAGUAAAGCACGCCACGUGCUUCUGGCUCUAUUCCAGGAUAGAGACAAAUCUUGGCAUAUGUCCUGCGCUCCUCGUGCGUUCUGGGCUCGCUCUACAGGAGCAGGAGAUCUAAGUGCACACAUCUCUUAGUGGUUUAUCGUCAUUAAACCAGAGACGAAGUACUACUUUGACAGAAAGUACAAACUUUAAUAUGCAUUGCAAACUUCAUUGUGCUGAUACAGCAGCCAUCCCACCAUGAUUGACGUGUGUGACUCUUGCCCCCCUCCCCACUCCUCUUAGGUAACUUGGAGAAAUUGUACUCCUGAACAUUCAGUGCCCAAAGAGAAGCAGUAGGUGUGGCUAAGAGGGGAGGGGUCUCUUCUGAGUGAGAAAGUCACACAGAAGCUCCAAUUUCCCAGAGGGCAAAGGUCACUUCAUCACCCACUGCUCUCUAUUAUCCCUUCUUAAGUCACAAACUGGUUGUUCCAAACCUUUGUAGAGGAUCUCAUUUCUACUUGCUAAUCUCCACAAGCACACUCCCCCAACUCUAGGACUUCUAGAUAUGGAGUUUGUUGCAUUCUUCCUCAUCCACCUCAUCUCCUUUUUUAAGCUGCUCACUGGCUGGCCUUUCCCUGACUUUCAGCACCACAGAGCUGUAUUUGGUAGUGUGUUGACUGAAGGACUUUUGCCAGAUUGGAGUCUGCACAAUCUCCCUGAUUCUCUCAGAGUCUGCAAGUGACAGAUAAGUGUUACUUAUAGCUCGCUGUUAUCACCAAGUCUCCUUAAAGAUAUCAGUGUACAGGAAGACACAGAGCUGCUGGACACUUAAAGACGUCCAGUUGAGGGCUCCUUUCUGGCACUACAAGCCCCCCUGACUUUAAUUUUAGGUAUGUUUAAGAGGGCAUCUGUAUGUCUAAACUGGAAAUCCAGAGAGUGAAGGAUCUGUGAGGUUGUUUUGACGGCAGCUAGGUGGAUAGACACCAACAUAUCCACUCAAAUACACAUGCCUUGUUGGCUUACAGCAUCAGUCCAGUGCUGUGAAUGCCGAACUGGCUGCCAGCCUAACAAAAGCAUUUUCAGAGAGUGAUUGUAACCUGAUUAUAACCUGAUUAUAAUGUGAUUAGGCCCACUGUCUGGCCUGCGGGGCACCCAGCAGUGCUGCUGACUCGUACGGUUUCCGUUCCCGCUUCACCACACCUGUCAGGACCGUUCUGAUUCAACUAAUUAGCUCCCAUUAUCUAACUAGCUUUUUUUUUGCUGGGCCCACUCCCAGUUACCCAGCCCCUCCCUCACUCCACUGGUCUGUACUCCUAAAACCUCUAUCAAAGGCCCGAGGGGGUUUUGUCCAGGGCUGAAAAACAUGUUGCAUCUGGCUGGGGUGGCAUGCCUGGUAUUCCUGCAGACAGAGAGGUGCUAGAAUGAGGCACAGACUGAAAACAACAACACGAUUUGAACACUGUGAGGGUCUAAAGACAAGAACAACAAAACUCUUUCAAAUCAAAACUCAUUUUUGUAUUAUAAAACAAAAAUAAAAACAAAAAUAAAGGUUUUAAAAUAGGUUUCUGAGGUCACCACAUGUAAAAACUCACUUGACAGCUUUGAAACCACAGAUAUAGCAGAAUCUUUGACAGAUAAUCCUAAUUUAAGUUCCCCUUUUCUACUUCAGGUGUAGUUUUAAAAUGAAAUAGCAUUUUCUGCAGCGUUUGUGCGAGACAACAGUGUAAUGCCAACAGGAUAACAUCCAUUAACCCCAAUCAUGUUGUGUCUUCGUCCCCUUGCAGCAAGCCCAGAGGAGAGCCCUCGAAGAGCAACAUGCAGCCAACCCACCGGCAAAAGCGAGCCCAGGGAUUGCAGUGUGUGCGCCCCCUUCAGCAACCCUAAAGAAAGUGGUUAAAGCUCCCGCUCCAGCACCUGCUCCAGUAAAGAUCCAAGAACCCGUUCCCAUCGCUGUCCCCAUUGUGGAGACACCCAAACCAACACCUGUUGUCACAGAACCAGUCAUAGAGCCCGUCCCUGUCAAGGUAGAGGUACCAGAGCCCGAACCUGUGGUGGUGGAACAGACUCCUGUCGAAGUCCCGGUACCGGUCGCUGAAGAACCAGUAGUUGAGACUCCACCAGUACCAGAAGAGCCCUCGGUAGUUGAGAUCGUACCAGAGGCUGAACCUAUCAUUCCUGAAACAGAACCAGUCACAGAGGUGAGACGCGCUUUGUUUUGUCAGGGGUGCAUGCUGGAGGUUCUGUUCUGGGAAGUUUAGAGUCAGUUAAGUCUGACGUGGACUUCCUGAAAGAGUGAGGUGCUGAAACCUCUCAUAAGCACCUGUGGGCGCCUAUUUUCAAAACAUCUACUAGAAGAUCAACAUGUAAUACUGCGAGGCAGGAAACUAUAAUGAGAGUCUUUAAAGAAAUCUUUUCAGGUUAAACUGCAAAUUUGUUGAGUUUUUCAUGUCAGCCUUUACAUUUUUUGGCUUCUCCUCAAGUUGGUGCCAUCUUGAAAGAAUCAGAAGCCAAAGGGCGCCAUGAAAUAGUCCCAUGUUGGGGUAUUUCUUUGCCUGACUUUGGAUAUUGAACUGCUUGAUUGAUAAAUAUGGUUCCCCUUUGCGGAUAUGAAGUCUCAUUUUUCUCUGUUUCUGUAAAUGAUACGUCUGUGUAAGUGAUUUGUUUGGACACAGAGGUUAGACACUGUUUGGUCAAAUGGCAUGUGUGCAGUAGUGGAUUCUUAUUGAAGGAGGAGGACAUGGUGGGGGGUUGGAGGCAGAGAGAACAACGUGUUCCAUUUAGCAAAGAGGUGGAAACUGGGGGAGAGAUUGUAAGAUCUAUCCUCUGAUUGGGAGAGCCCUCUGCAGUCAUUGUGCUUUACUACCUACAGUAGAAACAAACGUGUUCCAUUAAGCUAUGUAUUUUCUAUGAUAGAUGUUGAUCAGGCUGAUUGGAUAAGAUAGAAUUGGUGUUUGUUUCCUAGAAUUUAUCCAUAUGUUGGUGGUGGUUGUGCUGUAAUAAAAGAAAAACUGAUUUGAAAAGGUUUGUUGCUCAUGCACCUUUUAGAAAAAUACGCUUUAAGUUGACUUUGAGUUGUUUCGGUGAAGUAAAAUGCUGAUAAAGCUAUCUGAACUGCAUGUUUUAUGGCUUUUGGCUCUGCAUUGUUGUUGUUUUUGCACAUGCUCUCCAUCCAUCUUGUAUUUUUCUCUCUUAAAACUAACACCUGCUCUAGAAAAAUCUAUACAUUUUUUGUUAUAAAAUCAUAUCCACAUAGUCUUUGUCCAUGAUUCAUGCAGCCAUGGUGAACAUACACUUUGGGAACAGAAUGUUCUGUUCCAGGCAGUAGACUGCAGGCCAUGUGCAGACUCACACACAUACACACACACACACACACACACACUCGCAGGCUGCGCACUGCACAUACAUGUACAUGCAGCCUGUGUGGAGCAACUCAGUGUACAUACCCUCGGAAAUGUACACAUCAAAAUUCAUGGUCUUUGCUCCCAGUAACCGAGGGAUGACCACAUAUGGCGCACAUGUAUAUUGGUCACACGUGUGCAAGAUUACAUGCUGCCCAGGACGGGUGUAAGAGGAGACAGAGGAGGUGUUAUCAGUGGUAUGGACAUUUGGUCGAACUUCUCACUCAGUGCCACGCUCUUCUCCCAUUACCUUUCAGUAAUCCCAUCCAGUUCACAUGUGUGAUUUCUUUGAGGAAAGGUUUUGUAACCUUUCAGUGAUGCAGGGACCAAUAUAGAAGUUUCUAUUGGAGGUAGACUGCCUAUCAUUGAAUGGUUGUGAAGCCCUGGCAGUAUCCACCCCCUCCCUCCCUUCUUUUGUCCAUUACACCCACCUUCGCUCCCUCCCUCCUUGAUUCCCUCUCUCCCUCACUGCCGCUACACCACCUUUCAUUUUUCCUCCCUUAUUGCCUCGCUUCUUCUGCUCCUUCAUGCUUGCAGAUGUGCCAGACUCAGCUCAGACGCUCACAAACACAGAUGCCCUUUUCUGCAAAUCAGCAUUGGAUGUAGCUGCAAACACAUGCAGCACAAACAGAAGUUACUUUUCUCCAUUUAGACUUUGAGAGAAUUUACACAGUUCCUAGAAAGCGUUUGCCACAUAUCAAGCUGGAGAUAGAGUAGGAGUUGGAUGUCAGUCGGGCGUUUGGUUGAUAAGUUAUCAGAGGAAUCAAGGCAGGCAUAAAUGGGGCUCGUAUUCAGCUGGCUUUGGGGCCAAAAAGAGGCGGUCCCUCCGCUUCUGGCUGUCACCACGGAGACUCAGGUGAGUGCGAUACCCACCACCCAAAUCCACCCGAACUUGUUAAGUGUGCUUCAUGUUUCUGUGGCAGUGGGUGUGUCUCCCACUCAGGCUGAACAUUUUGUACCAGCUUGCUCCGUCUGUGCUCCGGCUUCCUCACUGCUCCUCCCCCCUUCUUCACUCCCCUUCCCUCACCACUCUCCCUUUUUUUACCCUUUCUCGCCCACUCCACGACUUGUUCAUUUCCUUUCUCCUUUCUCUUCCCCCCCUCUUCCAUCCUCCUCCUUCUCCUUCUCCUCCUCGCUUCUCCUAUCCUAAGGUUUCUAUGUUGUCUGCGCACGUGCACUUGUUCAUCCAUCACUGGGUCUUUGCUGGGAGUACUGGGAGUAGGAAUGGCGGUGGGGGGAAGGUGGGAUGUGGAGUUCUAAGUUUGGAUAUAGGGGGUGAACAUGUGCCUGUUUUCUUUGUGUGCCUGUAUCUGUGUACAGUUGUGCAGCUUAGCCUUUGGUAUUUUUGUGCUGAAGAGGGGCUUACAGACAGCUGUCACAACCUUUUAAAAGUCUGUGACAAACCUCUAGUGAAUGUAUGACUUGGGGUACAUUUGCUUUAGCUGUUAGGUAACAAUAAUAAAAGCUAUGUGCGACACGCUGACUAGGACUGUUCAGUGCAUUUGAUGUGAGAGGAGAAAAAGAGGGAAAAAAGGUCAAAAACUCUGCAAAGUGAUAUUUUUUAUGCUUAGGGACUUGAAAUGUUAUCACCUCGUGGCAAAGCAUGUGGACACCCAACCCCCAUCUCCCCUGUGUCCCACCUUCCUCCACAAAUAUGUACCCACAUGAAGCUCACCCCCUCACAUUUCCUGACCAUAUUUUAGGAGAAUUUCCUGGCAUACUUUAGGGUUUUCUUUUUGAGUGGAAUCAUGCGCUAUUUUUCUGUUUUCAUUUCUUAUAAAUAUCCCCUGCAUUGAAAAGUGAUUUAACUCAAGUACAGUUCUGUUUUCCUUUAUUGACAUGUAGUUAUCUUGCAGAAAAACAUGAAUUAAGCUUAAUUAAUUAAUUAAUUAGAAUGAAGUCUUGAAAGAUGUAAAAUUUGCUCCCUGACUCUAAAUUCACUGUCAGGGGUCUCCAAAAAGAGAUUGUUGCAUUGUUGGUACAUUGUGUCCUUUACUGGGUCAUAAGGUUCAUAAAAAAGAGCUGCUCCAGGAUCAGCUGUACUUUGUGUGAUAUAUUUGUCUUAGUUGGACUGGUUAAGUUGGAUCCUUGCAUAGAUCAGCUUUGUACACAGUGUUCUGGUGCUGGGACAGUCAGGAGGGGGCGUGUAAACUUAAUGUACACGUGUGUAUGUGUGUGAGGGAGUGUGUAUUUUCCUAUCAAGCAAAGCAAGACAUGCAGUAUGGUACACCUCCCUCCCUCCCGCCUUCCUCCCUCCUCCUCCUUCUCCUCCUCUCUCCCCUAUACCAUCCCCCCCCUUCAGGCUAUAGCUGGAGCAUAUAUUUACCCUUGUCAACCAUACGUGCACUUCUGCCCGCUUUGGCUUUUGUUCCAAAAGUUGUUUGACUCCCCCGGAGGACAGGAUUCCUUACCUCCCUGUUGUGCAGCAUAAAGAAAGAGGUGGAGCUGGUCAAGAAAGUGGAGUGUAAACAUGAGAGUUUAAGCUGUUUUCUUUGAGCGUUUGCUUAGCUGUCAUACUUAACUGGACUUUAGCCAAAGCAUGAGCCAAGGACCGUGCGUACUAGACAUGUCCUAUAUUGAAGACUGGCUGCUACAAGAUAGUCUGAAUAAUUCAACAUCAGACUGUGAUAACAUGCAAUAUUUAUGUGAUGCCACUUUGGUUCAGCACACUUGGAUGCACAGUGGGUGGCACCAGUGGCCUUUGACGCCAACUGUUUUUGUUAAUCAUCAAACAAAUCUACAAAAACGGUUCAAUAUCAGGCCGCAAGUGUCAUUAAAAUAUAUUUGUGUUCUGUGAGGAAGGCUGGAUGUUAGUGAGGCAGUGCCAGUGAAAAAGAACCAGGUUUUUUAUAAGUGCAAUAAAGGCUGUUAGUGUUUUCAGUUUGUGUAGACUGCUGGAGUGUAGACCUGAUGACGAAGGUACUUUUAUAAGGUAUGGACAGAAAAAGUGGCUGUACCAGCGCCCCAUUAUGCAAUCGGUUGUUACAUUCCCAGAGGAUGUAUAACCUUCAUUUCCAGGCGUCUGAGCUGCAGCUACACACAAACAAGCCCACUCUAAGACUGAGUGCAAAUGUGUUUGUGUUUUUGUAGGCAGCUAGUGUGAAUUAACAAUCCCUCUUGUUUUGGCAACCUCUUCCUUUUUUUGGAACCUGCAGAGACUCUUUUUUUCUGGGUUUUCAGACAUCCUGAAGUCAUUACAGCUGAAAUUUGGCCGACAAACUGUUGUCCAGAAGAUCGUUUUGCCCUGAGCACAUUUUAAGGACGGGUGUGAGUUUGCACCCCUCCCAAAGUGUGACAUUUAAAACAGGACAAUAGCAGGAGUGUGAGUGUAGGGCAGAGAUUUUUACUGUAAUUGCUGUAAAAAGCUUGUGCGUUUUUGAUGAGGUACACUUUUUGCAACGCUUUUAUUAGAUGAAAUUCUCGCAUAUAUUUGUGUUCUGACUGUUUUAUGUGUCCUAAAAAAACUCUUUCUUUGUCCUUCACAGAUCACACCCCCAGCUGAGGCUCCUGCUGAGACAGAGGUGAGACAAACCCGCAUGAUAAAUUCAGAAAAAUGCACAUUCGAUCAGAACCGAUCAAUAGUCUGUUUGGUAGUUGCUCAAGCUAACCUCAGUUUUUCUAUAAAGCAUAAAACAGUUAAUGCAACACUGAGGUAACCCACACAAAACUAACUCAGAGUUUCCACUCAGGUUUUAUUAGUUUUUACCCGCAGAAACCGGACAAUAGACAAUCCUCCUGAUAGAAAAGUGUUUCUGAAAGUUCCUGAUUCUUAAACCUCACACCUUACAAAUGAAAACCACACUUUGCUUCGGGCCCCUCUUACUUACACAACACAGGUCUCACAACGUAUUUAACUGAAAUGUAAACAGGAAAAAAGGGACAGAAACAAAAAAAGAUUAAAACUCAGAUUAAACAUCAUACUUUCUUAACAGUUUUAAAGUUUUCAUAGAGUUAAAGGACAGCUCUUCGCACUCAGAGAAGAAAUUACACAAAUAUUCUCGGCUGAUCAAAAUGUAUUGUUUAGCUAAGAGGUAUUUUUAUUUCUUGUUUUCCAGAUCCUGACAGAGGAGACAAAAAUCAUAACCACAGAGACUGAACAGGUAAGUCUGAUCCUCAUAAAAGUGGCAUGAUUUGACUCAGUCGUGUGAUUGGUCGAUAUAAACCCAGGAGUCCUUCCCUCCUUGUUCCCUCAGGAUAUUUCCCCAGUAUCUCCUUAUUCUUAAUGUUAUGGAUCAGCUGUUGUCUAUUUGACCAAAGCCCAUCUAUGUCACUGUGUAUGGGUAUUCUGAUAUGAUAUAAAAUACUUUUAACAGAGGUUAUAUUCACAGUAUAAUCAGAGUUGAUCAACACACAAACACGUGUCUGGCUGUGAUUUGUCCCCUUGCUGCAUGUUGCAUGGUUUUCUUAACGUGUGCCGUGUUGAUCUUGCAUGUGCAGACGCUUAAUGUCUGCGAGACAGAGACUGAAGUGGUGGCUGAGGCCUUGGCAGAGGAGGUCGCAGUCAUCGAGGCUGAGGUGGAGGUGGCCGUCACAGAAGACAUUCCCGCACCAGAACCAGUGACUGAACAGGCGCCUAUAACCGACGAGGAGGUCACAGAAACAGUGGAGGAGAUUAUCGAAGUGACGCCUGAGCCAGCAGAGGUGGCCGUCUGUACUUUUGCUCAACCCGAGGAUGAGGCUGAAGAAGAAGUAGAAGUGUUGGCAGAAGAGGAGGAAGAAGAAGAAGCACCUGAAGUUCCUGCUGAGCCUGUUGCAAUAACAGAGGUGCAACACUGGUUUAAACAUUUCCUCUUCUCUCUUGAACUCUUUUUUUCCUCUUUUUUUCUCCAAAGAACACAAACUAAUGAACUUUUUAAAAUAUAUUUUUAACCUUUAAGCUGUGUGCUGCAUGUCCUGUUGACAGUGGUUGGUUAUUGUGGAAGUUCACAAUGAUUCAUUCUUUGAUCUGUAGCUGCUAUCAAGACUUUCCUGAACACUAGUUUUUCAUUCAUUUGGAUUCGUUUUUUCAAUCACUUUGUUUUUAGAUUAUUAUGAUUAAGUAGAACUUCCACAACAGCUACUUUCUUAUCUUUCCUUAUUUAUUUUUGUCCCUAAAUGUUUCAAUUAGCAGCAAAAAUUUAACAAGAUACUUUUGUCUGUUUGCAUCAGGAUGCUCCUGCCCCAGCUGUGGAAAUCGCAGAGGUGAGUUUUAAUUACUCUCUCAUUUCAUGAAGAAAUACAUGAUACAGUAUUUUCCACAGUCUUUAAUCCAUUGAACACUUGUGGUUUCGCAUCUCUUACUUAAAAGGAGUAAAACUUCAGAAACUAGACUUUUGUUUUGGGUGCUGUGCUAAAUAAUGACAUGGGACCAUCUCUUGUCUCACCAGGUACCAGUCACCCUUCCAGCGGCUGCAGUUGAAGAGGCUGAGGCUCUUGUGGCUGACGUCAUCGAGGUAAAAACCUCAAACAUUAUUUAUAAUUCUAAUUAAUCUCCAAACUAAGUUGAUUUCUAUUUUAAACAUGAUAUCCCUCUCAAGUUGGUGGGCUCAAAUGAGUGAUCUAGUUCUGAGGCUUCAGAGAAAUUCUCCUCCUGGGAUGUUACUAAUAAUGUCUUCAGUCUUUUGUGGGCUGGUUUGAGGGAAAUCUAAAAUCUUUCUCAUCUUGUCCUCUCCCUGUCUCCCCAGGCUCCUCCCGCCACCCAGGAAACCUCUGAGAGCUUUGUCGACGACUUUGUUGUGACAGAAUCUGCAUCAGCGGUGGAGGUUGCAAUCGCUGAGUCAGCUGCCGUGGAGCCGGUGAGGAAGACACAACAACGUUAAAUCCCAAAUGCAUCAAAAUAUUUACCUUAAAUCCUAUUUUCUAUAAUAAAUGCAUUGGCGUCCAAUGCAUCUGAAAUAUCAGUUACACUUUGUGUUCACACUUUCACACGAUAAUAUAAUAGUUUGCUGGUUGGGUCGUAAAAAAUGAAGUAUUGUGUAGUCUGAUGAAGUCUUGGUGAAGUUGGAGGACAAUGGUCUGGUACAAAUGUAAUGCUACACUUUUCUUAAACAGGAACCUCUCUCUUCUCUUUACAUCUAGGAAAUUGUGAAAGUGGCUGAAUCUAUGGAGGUGACGCCCCCUCAGCCUGAACCUGUUGUGGCCCCCACAGAGGAAAUUAUCAUUGUGAGUCACUCCCAGCAAACUGGUUCAGUGUUUUGAGCAAAUGUUUACGCAUUAAUACUUGAUUUUUGUGUGGAAUUUAAUGGAAAAUCAUACUCGCUACUAAACAGCAAGUCACAAUACUGUCAAUGUAACCCUCUGUAUCUUACUGCUUUUCCUGUCCAGGAUGCCACCCUUGGGCAGAAGUACAUGGAUGUGAUGUCGGAAGAGUUUAAGACAGAAAUCUGUGAGAUGCCGUGUCAGAUGCAGGCCGCUGUAGAGUCUGUUCAACUCAAAACAGUAAGGAAACUCAAAAGGUGCUUUUGAAUCUUGUCGAAAUAACUCUAAGUGUGCGCUAACCUGAUUGUUUCCUGCACAGGAGAUGACAGUGGAUGCAUCGCUGAAUGGACACAUCGUCUCAGGGGUUUCCAUUGAGGGCUAGAAUCUUAUCACACAGCUUGGAAGAACUUUUGUCUUUGUAAGUGUUCAGCUCGUACUUUAAGGGUUGGAGGUCAUUUCUGUAACACUUGAGCUUUAAAUGUGUCACAUCACUCCCAGCUGUAACUGAGCAGACCUUGUCUCCUUCUUCUCUGUCUCUUUCAGAUUCCCCUUUGGUCGUACGGAUGGCUCACAUCUUCACGGAGUCAGCCAGCAGACCUUUUUUUUGAAAUUUUUUUGUAGGGCUUUCGACAGAACUGCCAGGAAAUUGAAGGGACAUCCACACUAUAAAGUGCCUUUCCGGCCCUUGUUCCUGUCAAAACACCAUACCAGAUGUCAAAAUGCCAAGAAGGCAGCAGAACAGACUGUUGUCAUUGGUGUGCGGAAAUGAAAAUAAACAUAUUUCGACUCAUUUUUUUUCAGUAUUUCUCCCCAAAAGCACGCACAGUGAUUUUGCAUCAGUGGUGGAAGCAGGCGUGCUCGAGAGAAGAGGACUCCUAAAACAAAAAAACACGGCAGUGCCUGAUACUUUUUGUCAUGUCCAGUCUCUCCAGAACAUCUGCUUCCACUCUGCAAACACUCAUUGCAUGUAAAAACUGUACAACCGCUGAACGGGGCUCUGGUCUGAACCUGAGCUUAAGUUCGUAAAAGCGGGAGGGAACACUUGUCCUGUUGAUUUUUUGUUUCACAUUUCAAACUCAGAUUGUCCUCCUCAGGCUCUUUCACUCUCAGAGACACAUCUGCAAACUUUCCCCCUUGCCUCCUUUCCUGUCCCCUCUUCUGUCCUCCUCACUGCCUCUAUCAAGAGCUCGUUCAGAGUUCUUGAUUUCAUGGCCAUCAGUCUUGGAGAUCGACAGUUGGAGGGGAUGAGCGGAGGACUUGUUUUUCUGUUUCUUUUAUCUCACUUUCUCCUUUUUUAAUUUGUUUUGUAUAGACUGAAUGAUGUGAUACAGUUUUGUGUUCAAAGUCUGUGCUCUGGAGGGGAAAUGAAAUGUGAACUGGUCAGGAGAAUCACUGUUGGGCAGGGCUGUUGAUGGGCUGACUUGAUCCACCUUUGAAAUAAAGCUGUAACUCAUCAUGACGCAAGAGUGCUGA